AUGACCAUGAUAGAGAUGACCCUCCUCCUGUUCCAACUCUUUGGCUUCUACCUGUACUCUCCCACCUCGAUCUGCUUCAAGAUGCAGUUCUCCGUCAUCCUACUCGCCCUCGCAACCUACACUUCCCCCCCUGAGCCCGUCGGUUCCUCCCUCUCCGAUUUCAAGGACCGCGUCUUCAAGAACUCCCCCGCAUCUGCUGCUUUUUUGGUCAUGGCAGUCAUCCAAUUUAAGUUGUUUCAGCGCGUGCUUCGCUUCGAACGUAUCAAAGCUAUCAAGAGUAAAUACGGCUACACGGAGGACUCGGCUACAUGGAAAGACAUGACGAUCGACCAAGCCCAGGAGAUCGAGAGAAACAUUGCCGAGUGGGAGUUCCCAAGACUGUUCCAGUUCGCCUGGGUGUCCGGAUUGUUACGUGCUUUGACGAAUCCUGGUGUUUCUCGUGCACUUAUAAAAUCGGGAUAUAUGGUCAACCUUGAUCAGAUGAUAGAACAUAAUCGCUUGCAGACAACCAUCUAUAUGAUGUCCGGUAUGAUGGCUUAUAGAAUUGGCUCUCGGAAUCAUAGCCUGAUCAUCUCCCGUAUCAACGAGCAUCACCAUCGCUACGGAAAAUGGAUAAACAGCGACGAUGUCCUAUAUCUCAUCAUCCACUUCGCUAUGGCACCCGUCUCAUGGAUCAAUAAGUUCGGAUACCGUUCGCUCGAAGGAUUCGAGGUCGAUGCUCUGCGGAUUCUCUGGCGUGAGCUCGGUUGCCGUAUGGGUGUCAAGUGCAUCCCAGAGACCCUCGACCAGGCUAAGGAGUGGCGCACAAAAUUUGAGGAGACAUCCCGUUGGCGUGCGGAUACAAACCAGACAGCUGGAAUGGCCUUGAUGAACCAGAUCAUGUGGAGCGUUCCAUCCAUGCUCAAACCCUUGACCAGAAAGAUCCUCGUCUCAAUCCUUGAUUGGGAUGUCGUCCAUUUUUGCCAAUUUGAAAAGCUGGGCCGAUCUUUGACUCUCCGAAGCACCGCUUUUUCUUUCUUCCGUCUCUGCGGCUUCUGCAUUCGCGAAUUCGGUGCGCCACGCUACGGUCCUUACAAGCGAGUUCCUGACGGACCCAACAAGAAUGGUCUUAUCAACUUUGGCCACACCCCCUACGAUACGCUACCCUUCUUCCAAGAGCGAAGCCUGUGGAACCUUUAUGGAUAUGGAGCCCUCCUUAGACGUGCUUUUGAUAUCCCGCUGCCUAGCCCUAGGUUCUACUCUGGUGGCAUAGCCAUUGAGUCCAUGGGCGCACCCCAGGACUCGGCCGAAACCCAAGCCAUGGUCGAUGAGAAAGUCCGCGAGAACGCCGCCGUCCUCGAACAGGCUCCCUACGGAUACCGCCCUGCAAUCGGGUACCAAGCCGGUCGACUUCUCCGCCCAGUCGACGGUCCCUCAUACGGUCUGGAUAUGAACACUUUCCCUGAAUUGACUAUCUUGAUCCCCGCUUCGACUGAACGCUUCGAGAAUAAAUUCCAGCGCCGAGCCCUGGAAGAUGUCGUUGCCUUUGACGAUGGCGAGAUCGCUGCCCCUGAGGUCGAAGAUAUCCACGAUUCUUCCAGCAUGGUCCUAGUUUCUGCUUGA